AUGGCUCGUUCCGCCUCCACUCUCGUCGCCGGCUUUCUCAUCGUCCUCGCGCUCCUCACCCUGGAUGCGGCGCAGGGCCAACAGCCCUUCCCGCCCACCGAUCCCUCCGACGCGGAUGCCCUGCACGCUGUGUUCCGGCAGUGGCGACUGGAGGGGGAGGCGGCGGCGGAGGACCCGUGCAUGAAGCGCGUCUGGUCCGGGUCGUUCGAAAUAAACGCGUCUAUCGACUGCAAUUGCCCCGCUAUCAGCCGGUGCCGAAUCACGGGCCUGUGCGUCGUCUUCACUCUUUCUCCCAUUUGA